AUGGAUGCUGUGUUUGCCCUCCCUGAAGCCCCCAGAGAUGAUUUUCUCCGUUCUCUCAUCCAAUCUUUUGGUGCCACUUACGUUUGUCUAUGGCGGCAUCACUCCCAUUUAUCAAAUCGUUUGUUCUUCCUUGAUGGUUUCUACAAUGGAGGGAACAACCAACCAACCUCUUCUCAAACCCUUUUUCAUCAGUAUCGGGCUUUAACGUUUGAUGUCAGUGAUGAAUGUGUUCCUGGAGUUGCUUUCAGGAAUCAACUUCCCUACAUACACCUCAAACUCUCGGAUCUCCUACCACUCACAUCCACCCAAAUUCAAGCACAAUUCUUUCUGGAAGCUAGGAUUCAGAUGGCUGUUUUCAUGGGGUGCAAAACUGGAGAAAUCGAACUUGGCUUCUCCAACAUUCCUCAAGCUGACAUUGAGACAGCACUUAAGAAUUUAUUCCCCGAAGAUUUCUAUAUACGUUCCCAAUCAAUUGAUCAGAAUCCAUAUUCAUCUUCUUUCAUAAAAUCAUCAACUACCUUUAAUCAAUCACUCAAUAUUCCGAGAACUUCCCACUCCAACUUUGGUGUGGCUCCCACACAAUCUAGUCCUCACCAACACACUAUCCAACCAUUACCAACACCAGAAGAUGAACAUGAAGAAAUAGUAAGAACAUUAAUCCAAGUCAUGUCUUCAACUUCUGAUCAGCAGUAUCAACCUCCUCCAAUGUUGCCUCAUAAUUCUGUAACACACCCUGGAACUGCCGAUUUCGUGAGAUAUAGAUCAGAUUCAAAUAUAAAACCACAAAUGGAGUCCAAUUUUAACAGGCAAAACCUGCAGAAUACAUCAUUGCUUGAAAACUUAAAUACAAAGAGAAUGAGAGAACGUGAUACUGUUAAAGCAACCCAUCCCAUUAGUUCCCCCCAGAAGUACUAUCACACGAUAUCGGAAAGAAAACGUCGUGAAAAACUCAGCGAGUGUUUUCAGGAACUCAGCGCACUUCUUCCUCCGGGAACAAAGAAAAACAAAAGGUCGAUACUUGCAGCAGCAAAGGAGACAAUGAUAUCUUUGAUGGUUGAAAUUGAAAAGCUUAAGGUGAGAAAUGAGCAGCUGUUAAGAGUUUUGUCAGGCAAAGAAGUUGGCAGUAGUAGGGAGGAAAACAGUGACAGGUCCUGUAAUGAAAGAUUGAAAGUUCGGGUUUUGCAUGCAUCAGAAUCAAGUUCAUCGAAAGAGCAAAUGGUGGAUUUGGAAGUGACGAUGAGAGAACAAAACUGUGAAGUUAAUGUAUUGAUUCGCAUAUGGGAAUUCUUAGAAAGGGUUCAGAACGUAACCUUGAUUUCCACGAACACAAACCUCCAUGUUACGGAAGGAGGGACAACCAUUAAUGUAUUAACCUUCAGGCUGAGGAUUAUUGAGGGUAGUGAAUGGGACGAGGUUGGCUUCGAGGAAGCAGUGAGAAGAGUGGUUGCUGACGUAACACAUCGAUCGUGA